AUGUCGGCUUUCCGCGUUGUCCUUCCUGAGGGUUUAGGUUAUGGCAUCGUCGUAGGCAUUGGAUUCGUGGCAGCUCUCUUGAUGGUCUUGCUCUCCUAUAUUCAGAAUCGAUACACAGUCAAUUCUACAUCUGAUCCAGAAGAGUUCAACACGGCGAGUCGAAGUGUCAAGCCAGGACUCAUAGCAACAGCUGUUGUCUCUUCAUGGACUUGGGCUGCAACGUUGCUGCAAAGUUCAGCUGUGGCCUACCGAUACGGUAUCACCGGCUCCUAUUUCUAUGCUGCUGGUGCCACCAUCCAGAUUGUUCUCUUUGCAGUAUUGGCCGUCAAGAUCAAGCUCAAUGCUCCAAGGUGUCACACGUUCUUGGAAGUCAUUCAUCGUCGUUACGGCGUCACUGUGCACUGGCUCAUACUGGCGUUUGCACUAGUGACUAACUUGUUGGUCUCGACGCAGCUACUCCUUGGCGGCUCAGCGGUCGUCAAUGCGCUCACUGGUGCGAAUGUCUACGCUUGCAACAUCUUGAUUCCACUUGGCGUUGUAUGUUACGUUGUGGUUGGCGGCCUUCGAGCAACUUUCUUGGCGGACUACUCCCACACUGCCAUCCUCAUGAUCAUCAUCCUCUACUUUCUCUUCAGUGCCUUCGUCACGUCAUCCAAGCUUGGAUCUCCAGGUGCCUUGUACGACCUUGUCAAAGCCGCUGGUUUGGAAACUCCCGUCGGUGGCAACCAGAAUGGGUCCUACUUGACCAUGAAAUCCAACCAAGGCCUGGUAUUUGGCUUGAUCAAUGUUUGCGCAAACUUCGCUACUGUGUUUCUGGAUCAGGGAUAUUGGCAACGCGCUAUUGCCUCAAAGCCAUCGACGGCUAUGCGAGGCUACUUGCUGGGCGGUCUCGCAUGGUUCAGUGUGCCCUUUGGCUUCGCCACCUGUCUCGGGCUCGUUGCUCUAGGGCUGCGGCAUGAUCCUGACUUUCCAACAUUCCCAGAUAUCCUAUCUUCAGCACAAAUUGGUGCAGGUCUGCCAGCUCCAGCGGCAGCUUAUGUUCUGCUCGGCAAAGGGGGUGCCGUUGCUAUGCUCAUCAUUCUUUUCAUGGCCGUGACAUCAGCUCUCAGUUCUGAACUCAUUGCCACUUCAUCCAUCUGGACGUUUGACAUUUAUGCCAUCUACAUCGAUCCUCAUGCAAGCGGAAAGAAGUUGGUCCGCUUAUCCCAUGUAGGCAUUGUUGCGUGGGCCAUCAUUACAGCACUCGGUGCUUGUAUCUGGAACAUUGUUGGUCUUGACUUGGGCUGGCUUUACAAUUUCAUGGGCGUUGUCGUGUGUCCUGCCGUGGUGCCCGUCUUUUAUGCAUUUAGCUGGAAGAAGCAACCUUGGAUCGCCAUGAUCGUUGCACCACUUGCAGCAUUGGUUGCUGGACUUACUGCUUGGCUAGUCACAGCAGCAGCGCUUCAUGAUGGUGUCAUUUCUAUUGAAACGACGGGAACGCUGUAUGCGCAGCUUGCGGGAAAUCUAACGUCGCUCAUGGUGUCUGCUAUUGUGGCCACCACCAUUUCACUCAUUUGGCCGGCUGACUUUGACUUUAGCAUUACGCGCUCCAUCAAUGUGCAGACGAGCACAGUCUCAAGUAUCAAAGAGAAGGAGCUAUCGGGUACGUCGACACCAGAAAAACAGGUUCUUGAAGACACCAUUGAGUCAGGGACAGGUGAAAUCUUGGAUGACGACGAGAACCCCGUCCUCCUCAACCGCGCUGUGCGAACAGCUGCGUAUACAGGAAUAUCGACCAGUGUUAUUCUGAUCUUGAUCGUUCCCCUACCCCUCUUCUUAUCGCACUAUGUCUUUUCCAAGGGCUUUUUCACCGGCUGGAUCGUCGUAUCAAUGCUCUGGGCAUGGGUCGCUGCAUUCAUCACGAUUGUAUUGCCUAUAUGGGAAUCGUGGACGUCAAUGAGCCGUGUUUUCAAUGGGAUCUGGGCAGACAUGAGGGGCAAGGCCAUUCCAAAUCGAGCAGACUAG